UCAGGUCAGCCCUAGAUGUCGCUGUAGGUUUUCGCUUGUUCAGAUGUCUACAUCAGCUAGUGGAUGUCGAAAGCGUGCUAUCAAGAGACUGUCAUAUUGUAGCACGAAAAAUGUCACUUGAUCAAAGCCGCCUUUAAUCUUUAUGUCAAUGUAACUAUAUCGCAUAUUAUGUAGAACAGUAAUAUCUCUGCGUCGUUAUUCUUAUCUAUAACUAUUUCUUGGAAAUAAUGGCCAAUGUAAUCAUCUUACUAUAGAUGGAGUUAGGCCAUGUGUACCUCAUCGUUUCCAGGAAGCCAACAUUGCAAUAAAUAGAAAUUUAUAGGAAAGAGCAAACCAGAACUGAAACUCAAACAGAGAAACAAGAGCAGCAUUCAUCGCAAACGUCCAGACGUCCACACGUUCAGUCUGUUUUCACACAGAGGGAUAUUUUUUAGUACAGAAAAAAGACCCUCCUUCAAGAAAGAAAGAUGUUGACCAUGUAUCACUACACAAACAGACAAGGGCUCGACGCCAUCAAAAAGCGCGGCUACAUUUCGGAAAGUAAUGAUGCAGCCAGAGAUACAUCUUUUGGAUUCGGAGUUUAUAUGACUCACCUCUCACCAGCCUACGACAAAAUAAAAGUCGCGAAAAACUGUUGGGACAAAGGAUACGAAUCAGCGAUAAAACAAGGAAAGCUGGACUAUGCCAUCCGCAUCGAAAUACCAGCUCAGGAACUAGAUUGUUUCCGUCAUGGUGAAAGAGUUGUCUUUCUCUAUCAUGGACAGCUGGUCCUGCGACAUUACCGGCACGAAUUCAUUACAUGCAAUCGGGGAAAUGAUAACAAUGGGGCAAUAGGACUUGGUGUAGCAACUGGGAUAGUUGGCGCUAUUGCAUUACUAGGAGUUGCUGCAGUUUCGGCCAUGAAGUGAGGAACCACAUAAAGUUCUACUGCUUUUGAAAUGCAUGAGGCAAGAAAAAAUACAUGUUUAUUUUUGUCAACAUCAAUACACAAAUUUUAAGGUAUAAUUUAAAAAAAAAGUUUUUUUUUUCAUUUGCCUUUUGCAAAAGACUUUCAAGUAUGAAAAUUAUGUUGUAUCCCGCUGAUCUCUGCGAUAAUACCUGACUUCGUAUUGAAUUUAAAGGAGCAUGAAGCGAGAUGUCCUUUUCCGGAGAAUGUGUCAGUAAAGAAACAAUUAUUUUUUUUCUGUAAAGAUCUCUUUACUUCUUGACUUUAUUCAAUUUUCUCCUUAUUUCAUAUUUUAUUUCCACAUCUUCUUUGUAGCACUGUUCUUACUGUGUAUAAUGAAGCUAAUUUAUGUUAGGUCAGUAUUGCAAAUUAUCUUCUUUAUGACGGUUUUAGUUUCAAUGUAUAUUUCUAUAAUUAUUAUAAUAGAAUCUUUAAAACGAAGAUAUUGAUCGUUUUGUUUACAUACUUAUAUACCCAUAAAAUAUUCAUUUGAGAAAUGCAUAAAAAUUAGUAAAUACACAAGACAGUAAACCUUUG